UCGGUUAGCGUUUUGAAUUGCGAAAUCAGAACCUCAAUGGACGGAACGGAGGUGGUCGUGGCUUCGUCCCCGGUAGAUGCCGGCAUCAGUUGCUGGGACCUACAGUCAGGGGCGGAGCAUCUCCGUCAUCGGUCCUGCGCUUCUCCUCCUCACGGGCUCGUCUGCGUCGCCGACCGCUUCUUUGCCUCUUCUCAGCUCCGCGACUCCUCCUCCUCCUCCUCCUCCGGCUCCAUUUUCUAUUGGUCCUGGUCUAAGCCACAGGUGGAAGUUAAGAGCUUUCCCGCUGAACCAAUCAAGCCGCUAGCGGCUAACCGUGAGGGAACUUACAUUGCUGGAGGGGGUUUAUCAGGGGAUAUAUAUUUUUGGGAGGUUGCCAGUGGUAGGCUUCUUAAGAAGUGGCAUGCUCAUUAUAGGGCUGUUACUUGCUUAGUGUUUUCUGAUGAUGAAUCGCUACUUAUUUCUGGGGCAGAGGAUGGAUGCGUGCGGGUUUGGUCCCUUUUCAUGAUAUUUGAUGAUUUGAGGAGGGAGGAAGCAGGACACCUAUAUGAGCAUAGUUUCUCUGAGCACACUUUGCGGGUUACUGAUAUUGUCACGGGCUAUGGAGGAGGCAAUGCAAUUAUAGUGUCUGCUUCUGAGGAUAGAACCUGUAAGGUUUGGAGCUUGUCUACGGGGAGAUUGUUAAGAAAUGUUGUAUUCCCCUCGAUAAUUGAUGCUAUUGCAUUGGACCCUGGGGAACAUGUUUUCUAUGCUGGCAGUAGAGAUGGCAAGAUAUAUAUUGCUGCACUAAAUGCCGUAGGCUCCUCUAGCAACUCUUAUGGGAUGCAUAUUAUUGGCUCAUUGUCUGAUCACAGUAAGGCUGUUACUUGCUUAGCAUUUGCUACGGAUGGGAUCUUAUUGGUUUCUGGAUCAGAGGAUGGAAUGGUACGAGUCUGGGACACUAAAACCCGUAACAUCUUUCGCAUUUUCAAGCAUGCAAAAGGUCCUGUGAGCAAUAUUCUUGUUGUUAGGCGACCUAAUGACUCAAACCCUCGGAAUUCACAAACUUCCUCAAGGAAGCAUGGGUCAUUCUUAUCACCUCCACUUGAUAAAUAUUUGAAUUCGUCUGAUGAAAAUGAAGAUGCUAAGGUCUUCAUCGGUUGCCAGACCACUUUCAGUAAAUCUGUGGAUGCUUCAUACCGCAGUUGUCAUAUCAUUAUUGAUCAAAUCAAAGAACUCCAGCAACAAGGGUCUUCAGCUGCUACUGAAAUGGAGAUGGAGAGAUUGAAGAUUGAUUCCCAAAAAUCUGUGCAAAUGGUACAACAAUGGAAGAAAAUGUAUGAAAACUUGCAUCAAUUCUGUGUAAAUGAGCUUUUGGAUGCAGACCAUGCAGGAGUCUCCAAUUGAAACAACUCUCUGAAAUAUAGCUGUGCUUUUUGUUAAGUUCAGCUUGCAAGUUUCCAUGGACAACAAAUGUUUAGGAGAAUGUGCAUCUAGUUUAAUGUGUGCAUAGCCUCCUCAUUUUAAUGCUGUUCUUUGUAUUUCAUCCGCCAUUGGAGAACACCCUUCUUUUUUCCUCUCCUUUGGGUUCAGAAACUUGAGUAAUAUUACACCAUUCUUGUGAAUGUAAGAUUGUAAUUCUUAAUACUAAAUUAUUUAUGAAUCUAAACUACAAUUUCCCCCA